AAAAAUGCUGAUGUUACAUUUCUACCUUUAAUUAAAGAAGAGAUCACUUUUAAGCUACAAAACAUCAAGAGCAUAACUCCACACUUCCAGAGAGCUUUGAUAUUUUGCAAGUUUACAAGAAAAAUAAAUUAUUAAUUUAUGCUUGCUGCAUUAUUACAUCAAUGAUGAUGUCAUAAGGUCAGAUAGAAAUAUUUCAAGGACAAAAAAAGAUUUUUAAAAAAUUCCAAAAGACUUGGUAAACAACUUUUUAUCCUCGUUAACAUACAUAAAUAUCAUUUUCAAUGCAGGAAUCCCUGUAAAGGUAAAAAACAGGACCAUUUUAUUUUAUCCAAUAAGGCAAUGUUUAAGCUUUCAUUCUCUUUCUAAUAAACACAAUGUAAGCUUACUCUAAGCCUGAUUGUGUUAUUAGCAUAAGCAUAUUCCAGCCUGAUUUGGAAUUUUCACUUGCUUAUAAAAGAAAUGUAUAUUCUGUGAUAUUAUGCUGAAAUGAAUAGUUAAUAACUGAUGUCUUUCACACAAUGAUUUUUCCAUGCAAUUUUGUUAUUAUUGUCUUUGUUACAUGUUCAUGUUUAAGCCAUUUACCACUAUUGUGAUGCCACAACAACUUCUUGAAGAUCCCUGUUCUCUUGCAACUGUUAGUUAUUUCAAAGCCCUACAUCUGGAUUGGGAUGUUAAUGUUGAUUUUCAAGCCCAGACAUUAACAUGUAUCGCAAAUCAAAAGUUUGAAUGUAUUUGUUAUGGUGCAGACAAAUUUAUUUUGGAUUCACGAGAUCUGAUAGUGGAAUCAGUAAAAGUUGAUGGAGAAGAAGUCCUUUGUAAAGUUUUAUCAAAAGUUACUCCAUUUGGCCAACCUGUAGAGAUACAAUUAAAUGAUGAACAGCGAAAAAAAGGCAGUAUUUUUACAGUGGCAUUGAAGUAUAGUACUUCACCAAAAGCAACUGCUAUUCAGUGGCUUAAACCACAGCAAACAUUGGGAAAGAAGUUACCAUAUUUAUUUACUCAAUGCCAGGCUAUACAUGCAAGAAGUUUAUUACCAUGCCAAGACUCACCAUCGCAAAAACUAACAUAUAAUGCAAGAAUUACUGUUCCAGAAGAAAUGGUGGCGUUAAUGAGUGCAGUAAAAGGGGAAGAGAUCAUUACUAGCAAUGGCAAAAAAACUUGCCAUUUUGAACAGAAGAUUCCAAUUCCUUCAUAUUUAUUAGCUAUGGCAGUGGGAGCGCUUGAGUUUCGGACUGUUGGUCCACGUUCCAAAGUUUGGUGUGAGGCUGAAAUGAUUGACGCUUGUGAAUAUGAAUUUGCAAAGGUUGAAGAAAUGCUUAAGGCUGGUGAAUCGCUGAUGGGACCAUAUGUUUGGGGCCAAUAUGAUUUGCUCAUACUUCCACCAUCUUUUCCUUAUGGUGGAAUGGAGAACCCAUGCUUGACAUUUGCGACUCCAACAGUUAUUGCAGGCGACAGAUCUUUAACAGGAUUGGUAGCACAUGAGAUUACGCACAGUUGGACUGGCAAUUUAGUAACUAACAGAACGUGGGAACACUUUUGGUUGAACGAAGGAUUCACAAGAUUCUUAGAGGGAAAAAUUAUCGGUCUACUUGAUGGAGAACCUCUGAGACAGUUUAUGGCUAUCAGUGGCUGGAAUGAUCUCGUGGGAGAGAUUGAACUAUUUGGUGCGACUAAUCCUCUUACGGCGUUAACACCUACUCUAAAAGGGAUAGAUCCAGAUGAUUCUUUCUCAAGUGUACCUUAUGAGAAAGGAUAUGCGUUUUUGUAUUACAUUGAAUCCUUAGUAGGCGGACCGUCCAUUUUUAAUCCAUUCUUGAAGAGCUACAUCAAGCACUACGAAUACAAAACAGUGCUAACGGAUGAUUUUAAAUCUUAUUUGCACGAAUACUUCAAGGAUAAGGCAGAUAAAUUAAAGAAAAUUGACUGGAAUGCGUGGUUGCACUCACCAGGAAUGCCUCCUGUACAUGUAGUAGACAUGUAUGAUACCACACUAUCAUCUGCUUGUCAGAAUCUGUGCGACGAAUGGAACAACGCGGAUCCCGAACAUUUAGAAGUUUUCAAAGAAGAGAAUUACGCAUCCUUUACAACGUUACAAAAAAUCGACUUUUUGACGAAACUGUAUCAAGAGGACUCGAUUAGUGUGGCGAAAUUGGAAAAGAUGAUCGAGGUUUACAAGUUGUUCACAUACAAUGUGUCCGAAAUCCAGUUCAGCUUGCUUCGCAUGUGUGUUCGUGCUAAAUUGAAAGAAGCAUAUCCGAAAACCAUUGAGUUUGUGUUAUCCCAAGGAAGAAUGAAAUUCGUGCGUCCGUUAUACAGGGAGAUGUAUAAAAACGAAGAAACGCGAGAUAUGGCGAUCGCAACGUUUAAAGAAAACCGAAAUAUUUAUCAUAGUAUUACAGCCAACAUGGUUGCGAAGGACUUACACCUAAAUGAGUAAAAACAUCGACCAUCUUUUUGACCAGAUUCAUGUAGUAUAAACAUAAAACAUUAUUUCAGUUGUUUUGUUUUUAUUUUGCGUUACAACAUUGUAUUCACAA